ACUUGCCUCCUAUUUCUGAUUGGCUACUGUUGCACCUCUGCUUGGUGCAGGGCCAAAACCGCCAAAACCGCUAGCGCGUUCACGCGAUGUCUGGCGAAAAUUUUCACUUUUCUUUCAUUCUUGGAUCAGACGGUUUUGGUGUCAUUGCGCCUCAGCGAAUCGACCUUUAGCUGCUAAAGUGUUCCGUUUUUGAUCGUGGUUUUUUUAUCCGUCUUAUCGUCGUCCAUCGUUUUUUUCCGGAAUGGCUCUGCAGCGAGCAGAAAGCACCACGUCCAUUGGACGGUCCGCUUCAGACGGAUCGGAUGGCCUCGAUCAGUGGAUGCCGUCGUUUUGCCCCAGAGGAGAUCCAGGAACGAACGGCAUCCCAGAAGCCGUCAUCACGAACUCCUUUUAAAGUCCGCGGACCUAGUAAAGCUGCCCUCCGAUUUUUCGACGUCAAGAUUACUUCGCCGAAUCAACAAGGCGAAGAAGGCCGUAUCCGGAAGGAUCAGAAUCGGCGCAUCAUCCGCCUUGUUCUUCCCAUGCUGAGUGAGCGCCUUGGCUUUUCGCAACUUCCCGUCUUCGCGUACGACGAUGAGAAAACCUUUGUUCUGGUCAACGUGGAUCUCUCCUGGCCUUUUCGUCACAAGGAGACCAUCGACGUUACGCUGGAGGGCCCAGUGCAGAACAAUGGACAGGCCAAUGGAAUGCCGUUUCAAGUCGUCCUGACGUACACGAAGUACCUGACGGUCACCGAAGCCGAUUUCCUUCAGCCAGUCAACCCAGAGGACAAGAAAGCGGUGCGAAGCGUUAUCGAGCGUCUGCAGGCACUGAAUCUGUUGCUGCGCGAGGCCAUCUCCGACACGCAUCAAGCCGCCAUUGAAAAUCCAAACCACACGGUUGUAGCCAUGGGUGACAAAGUGUACGCCAACGUUAACGUCGACGUUUUUCCUGGCGAUCAAGAGAAGUGGCGUGCUAUUUGGCCUGGGUUUACUGCGGCCAUGCGUCUUUCGCGUACCGGAUUGAUCCUAACUGCGGACCAGACCCACUCAGUGUUCUUUAAGGAAGACUUCUUGUCCAACAGUCUUACCAACUCUUUGCGUGCCCCUCUACACGUGGAAAGAAUUCACGACCGCGAUUUAAAGGGACUGUCGCAGGUGUUUGGUGGCCGUCAGGUGGAGUUUCAGGCGUCGGAUGGCCGAGAUUAUGAGGGAGGCGUCAUCACGAAGUUCGCCAUGUCCCCAUGUUCCCACUUCGUUCCAAGAGAUCAGAAUCCACAGCAGCAUUCUUUGCAGCAGAUGUACGCCAACCGUAACAAGAAACUGAAUCACCCCAAUCUGCCGGCUGUUGAAGUUCGCCUGGGACAGACCUUGUACUGGGUUGCGCCGGAGCUGUGUUAUCUGGUGGCUGGACAGCGCUACCAGAAGGCGCUGACAAAGCAGGAACAGGCCGGAUUCAUUCGAAUUGUUGGAAAGACACCGGACAAGCGCAUCAGCACUAUCAAGGAUUUCUUGCAUCUUUGCCGGGUUCGCGAUCACGCGGUGAUGCGAACGACGGGAAUUGAAAUAGCUGAAGAUUUUAUCGAGAUCGGGGCGCGGAUUCUCCCACAGCCCAUAAUCCAGUACGAUACCCAUGGGUCCACCGACGGAGGCUGUGUACAGCCUGGCAAUGGGACUUGGAAUAUGCCACGUGCGAUCCGAUACAACCAGACAUCUGACAUGCCCAAUUUUGUGAUUAUGGUCUUUCCGAAUCGUAAUGGACAAGAAUGCAUCCAAAAGUCGCAGAUCGAGCGCUUUGUUAAUGAAUUGCGAUUGGAAGGUCAGCGCCGAGGCAUGCGAUGGAACGAAGGCAUGCAUGUGGUGUCACUGCAAGAUUCCGGCAGCUUUAUUCCGGAGAUUACGCGAGUUGUGCAGAGCAAAAGACCUCAGUUUGUUUUCGGGGUGUUUGAAAAAGGCAUGGACCGACAGUAUUCUGACUUCAAGAAAGUGAUGGACAAUGAGAUGGGAAUUCCGAGCCAGGGACUGCUCUCUCAGACGGUCAUAAAAAAUCCGCGUGGUUGUGUGGAGAACAUCAUGUACAAGGUUAACGUAAAAUGUGGAGGCACUAAUAAUGUUCUUGCGGAAAGCUCGCUGGGCACACUGCGUCUAUUGGAUCGAGUUUUCAUGAUUGUCGGGAUCUCGCUAUCGCAUGGAAAAACAAAGGAAGCCGAUGCAAAGCCAUCUUACGCGGGAUUUGUGGCGAGCGUCGAUGACUCGUUCCGCUCUUGGGCUACCGAUGUCAGCGUCAUUGAAUCGAAUACGGCGGUUCUGCCGGACAUCACGUCGCAGAUGGAAAACCUGCUCAGCCAGUACAGAAAGAACACUGGCACUAAUCCGGAAGUUAUGGUGGUGUAUCGCGAUGGGGUGACUCGAACGCAUGAGAAUGAGUUGCAUAAAAACGACCUGAAGUGCAUCCGCCAGGCACUGGAUAAUAUGGGCGCCGCUACGAAACUCGUUUUUGUCGUUGUCAACAAGAUGCACCGUAUCCGAUUUUUCCGUAAACCGAAACCGCUUGCCGGAGGAGAACUGCGUUACAUGCCUGAUAAUAUUCCGGCCGGUCUGGUUGUGGAUAGCGAAGUUGUGGAUCCUUAUGAUGAUGAUUUCUAUCUGGCGUCGCAUCGCGGAGCUUUGGGCACCAGCCGUCCAAUUCGGUAUCACAUUUUGGUGCGGGACGACGAGGCAUUCACAACGGAUGAUAUUCAGCAGCUCACCAUGAGUCUGUGUUAUGUGUACCAACGGUGCACCAUGGGCGUUUCUAUUCCGGCUCCAUUGUAUUAUGCCAAUUUGGCCGCAGCGCGUUGCAGCGUUUUGGCGGAAGGAGUUGUUCGUGGGUUGCCGUAUGAAAUGAUGAGCGAUCGUGGUGGACGCGGAGGACGUGGAGGGCGCGGUGGUCGUGGAGGAGGGCGCGGAGGUCGUAGACAGGUCAAUUGGGGCGCGGCUGCCAACGAGAUUUCGCGAGGCAUUCAGAUACAUGACCGUCUGAAGCAGUUAAAACGUCUGACGUACAUCUGAAUUCUCGGUGGUUGUUCUCUUGAGUCAUCGUAGAAGAAGUUUUUCCAGCAAUGUUUUUUUUAUAAUUGUCGAGUUUCUGUGGAAGUUUUGCUCGGUAUUUCUCGACAGCUUUUGACAGUACGAGCGCUGUCACACUAAUCUUGAUUAUGCUUACGUUUGCACCAAGGUAUACGGUCUGGUCUGAUUAACCUUGGAAUGGUCUGAGAAUAUUUGGUGUCUUUUUGCUGUUUUUGGCGCAAGGCAUUUAUGUGGAUUUGUGCCGGGAUAACUCUGGAAUGGGUACUGUAUUUGAAUUGUUUUUGUUGUUGGUAGCCUACAUUAUUUUUGAGGAUUGAUUUCGAAUUUGAAAUAACGAAAUUCAGUAAACUGUGUAUCUUGUGAAUC